AUAAUCUCAUACCCCCUACCUACACUGUACCACGGGGGGAUACAGAGCUACUACGAUACCUACAGAGCAAUGGGAGAUGCGCAGAUGGCUGGUGGUUACCUGCACGCGUCAUUCCGGACGUUGGCCGAUACGCUGCAAACCAACGAGGCGGAAUCUGGGGGUAAGGUAUGA